AAAGUCAUGUUUAGCUUGGCGCUACUCAUUGAAAAGGUUUGCUGGACUUCAUCAUAGUGUACACCCACCUUUUAUCAUCUCAAUCGCCCUCACGCCCACAUGUACACCCUGUUUGAAGUCGCACACACUCAGCUACCAAUAUCUAUCAAAGAAAUACUCUUAUACCUCUCACAACUCGACAGGUUCCUGGAUGUUGUUGUUUCCUUUGUGCACACUUACGCCACCACGUCCAAGCCAUCAGACAUUCAAAAACUACAUCCACCAACAUUGUCUGACAGUGAUAUGGCUGUAAUUGUUAAUGGCAGAAGCAACCGAAAUCGCAAGGCUUCAACUAGCCAUUGCCUUCAUUAAAAUGCGUAUGUUUUAUACAAAUCCCUCAUAUCACUUAAUUCCUUAUGUCCUGGUGUUGCAUAUAUGGUUUUUAAUGUGUUUUUAAAGUUUCUUUUUCCGACCUGAUUUUUUCUUUUCGAAAAUGCUUUCAGGAUUUUCAUAACAGCGUUUGACCCAUCGUUGGGCUGCACGAACAUGAAUAUCCGAUUGCCUAGCUGCCACGCUCAGACAUUUACUAAAAAAUAAAUGAAAAAAUCCAGUUUGCUUGCCAUUUGAGUGAAUAGUAUAGCG